AAACAUCGGCCGACGCCCAAACAAAACAUUAUUUUUGUGGAAUAGGUGUGUCGCACACGCCCGGCUGCAGUGUCCGCAGACUCCGAUUAAAAAUACUUCUAAUAAUACGUGAAUCGGUCUUCAAAAUAAUUAAACUAUCGGUGCCUAAAAUAUUUCUUGUGGUUUCGCGAUUUGUGAAAAUUAUUUUAAAUUUUCAAUAAUAAUUAAAAAUUACAUAACUAAUAUUAUCGGAAUAUUGAGUACUUCGAAACAUCGAGGAACAACUACCGGCAAUGGUGUCUACGAGGGGGGUCCGCUAUAAAUUCAGCGAAGGCGAGCGCGUAUUGUGUUAUGAACCGGAUCCUACAAAAGCCAAGGUGCUCUACGACUCCAAGGUUUUGGAAGUAAUUGAAAGUAAAGACAAGCGUGGCCGGCGUACUGUGGAGUACCUGAUACAUUUUCAAGGCUGGAAUUCAUCAUGGGAUCGCUGUGUUAGCGAAGAUUUUGUGUUGAAAGACACAGAAGAAAAUAGGCAGCUACAAAGAGAUUUAGCUGAGAAAUCUCAACUGCAACUGGGCGCCUAUUUAUACCGGCGCGAACGUAAAAAGGGCGGCGGCAGUGGCUCUAACUCGACCGGCGCGGGUCCCGCCAAACGCGCCAGACAUGGCUUCUCCGAUGAUGGCUCCUCCAGCAGCACUCAGCCUGAUGAUAAUGUUGAGGAAGGCGUGGAGACGGCCGACACUGACUCCUCGUCUGCAUCUGGGUCGAGUUCCCAGCCUCGGUCACCGCCACCCAACGUGCAUGUAGGCCGAGCUCACAUCACGCUGCCUUCAGCUUUACGUGAUCGGCUGACGUUUGAUUAUCAUUUGGUGGUGAAGCGAGGUCGCCUGUCGCAGUUGCCUGCGACGCCAUGUGCUGCGGAGAUCUUGGAGUCGUUUGUGAAGUGGUUCGCUCGUGCCGGUGCUUGGGCGACUCCUCGCGCCCGCCAUGAUCCGCCGCAGAAGCCUGAUAUGCUUGAUGUGUCUUGCAGAUUAAACUUGGUCCGCGAGGUGGCUGACGGUCUCCGCGUGUACUUCGAUUUCAUAUUACGCGGCCAUCUGCUUUACAAGCAGGAACUGGCCCAGUACCAUGAGAUCUGCGGACGUUUUAUUGAUGAACAAGAAGAAAUCAAGAAGCAGCAGUUGGAAGCGGAUGAUGACUAUGAGGACGAGCAAAUGGGUACCGAGGACGAAGUGACUGCAGCUGAAGAAGAUCUCAAGAGUCCCAAGAUACCGGAGUACUCACACCUGCCUCCAGAUCCCAUGGAUGCUGAUAAAAGCGAGGGAGAAUGCAACAACGAGGAGGCUUCGGUAUCGAAGACCGAAAAUAAUGAAAAGACUACAGCCGUCAGUGACUCCACCACCGACGACAACCAGGUCGCUGGCUCGGCCAAACCUCGCGAGGGAAGGUCUGCUACACGCAGUGGCAAUGUAGCAAGGAGGCUUCGUUCGCAUAAGUCGGUGGUGUCCCAGUCGGAAAACGAAGAGCCUACUCCAUCGACCUCUACCGGUGAACCGAGGUUGUUCGAGACCAUGUCGUCUAGUGUCGGCAGUAGCGGAUCGUCGCUGAGCGAGUGCUGGGCGCGGCCCACGCAGUCCACGCCCGCUCCGACCACUACACGCACUCCACUGUCUCUGUUGUUUGAUAAGGUUUCAAAAUGGCAGAUAAUUCCACGCGAGGGAACCGAACACUUGCCAUGCCGUGUAUACGGCGCCAUACAUCUUGCCAGACUGUUCGUAAAAUUACCUGAUUUUCUGAACGCUACUCAAAUGCCAGACUUCAAGUUGAAACUGAUUCUCAAGCACAUCGAUAUGUUCGUUCAAUUCUUGGAUGAGCACAGUGAGUGGUUCGGCGAGGUGUACUACGUGGCCGACAGCAUGUCUCGCUCCCGUUAAAGCUCACAACUACACCGAUACUCAUCAAAACCACAAAAUUUUGCUCUCUAUUGAGAUACUUUACAUUCCAAAAUAUUAAAAAGUCAUCGCUGAAUAUUUUUACGAGCUGAUUUAAAUUCAAAACAAAAUUGUUGAUUCGCCACCGUCCAAUGGAAACAAAAUUAAACGUCAGCGAUGUUGAAUCAGUUGCUAUACUAUCAGAAACCCUUACCCUUAUAAAUGCGCUUUCAUCUUGAAUCUCUUUGCAAAACUGUUCUGAUAAUAUAGCAACUGAUAUGAAUUCUAUCUUCUGGUAACGAGAUUACUAGAAACAAUCAAUAUUGUAAACGAGUGACUUAUUACGCCUUCAUUAGGAGACAUAAAGUUGAAUAAUGUAUUUCAAAGUUCUCAUGUUAAAUUCGCUUCUAACUCAAACACCACUUUUGAACCAGGGAUCUUGAUACCAUUGGUACAGAGUCCUUGCAUAGAGAGAAAGUUAUCAAGACUGGAAUGCGGGUGAAAUGCUCGGCCCGCGGCAAAGAUAUGAGAGAGACUGUGAAUGACUGCAUGUUUGGAUAAAGUUAUUAUUCAAAAGUGGUAUUUGUGUUAAGAUUACGUAGGGUACUAUUUUCUUGUAGGAAACGUUUGUCAGUAUUAUGUAGCGGUUGUAAUUGGGACCUUGUUAUUUACUAGCACUGGCCUAUCAAUGCACAAUAGGGAGCCUGGUAUGAUUAUUAUAGAUACGUAGAGGUUAGUCGUUGUAUUUAGACUAGCCCGUGUUUAAUCUUUCAACUUUAUACUAGAAGUAUAACUUUAGGUUUGUGCUUUUUGUGUGUAUGAUUUAUUAAUUUAUACAGGCUAUCGUAGCACAUUCGACGUACUAUACCGUCAUACCACAAUUUCUUAAGUCAAAAAGAUAUCUAGUUUGCUCAAAUAGUUGAUUGAGUGCAGACUAAUGCGUAAUAUAAGUUUAAUUAUCUAAAGUAAUGAACAAGUAAAUGGCUAUGUAGUGAAAUAGCGUUAUUUUUAAGUGUUUCAAUGUUCCAGGCAUUAUUUGUAUUAUUUACUGUACGUGUUGUGUUGCGUGUUUCACAUAGUAAAUAAUAAUGCAUACUAUUUGAGCGCAGCUAUUUACUAUUCAGGCGCGCACAUAAAUUAUAUCAACAUUAAACUAUAACAUUUAUGUAGAGACUAUAUCAAAUAUUGUUAUUCCAAGCAGCAGUUCUAACGAUGUAUCAAUUAUAGUUUCACUAAGUAGGUGUAGUCAGCAAAUUAGAGAAAUAAGUACAGUGCAAAUUGAAACUAGCU